AUGCAGUCGCAAACCGCCCCGGCUCAGGCCAUGAGCGGCCUCAACAUCUCCAAGCGCAGAAAGUUCGUCGCCGACGGUGUCUUCUACGCCGAGCUCAACGAGUUCUUCCAGCGCGAGUUGGCUGAGGAGGGUUACUCCGGUGUCGAGGUCCGCGUCACCCCAACCGUCACCGACAUCAUCAUCCGCGCAACGCACACUCAGGAGGUUCUUGGAGAGCAGGGUCGCCGAAUCCGUGAGCUCACCAGCUUGAUCACCCACCGUUUCCGCUUCCCUCCGGACUCUGUCUCUCUCUACGCAGCCAAGGUCCAGUCUCGUGGUCUCUCCGCCGUCGCUCAGUGCGAGUCCCUCCGCUACAAGCUCCUCAACGGUCUUGCCGUCCGUCGUGCAUGCUACGGUGUGCUCCGCUUCAUCAUGGAGUCCGGUGCCAAGGGUUGCGAGGUCGUCGUUUCUGGCAAGCUCCGUGCUGCGCGUGCCAAGUCCAUGAAGUUCACCGACGGCUUCAUGAUCCACUCCGGUCAGCCAGCCAAGGACUUCAUCGACUCCGCCACUCGCCACGUUCUCCUCCGACAAGGUGUGCUCGGUAUCAAGGUCAAGAUCAUGCGCGCCUCUUCCUCCCCAUCAGACCCAGCCGGCGAGAAGUCUGGCGGCAAGGGUCUCCCCGACUCCGUCACCAUCAUCGAGCCCAAGGAGGAGCAGCCAAUCCUCGCACCAAGCUCUCAAGACUACGGCGCCAAGGCCGCUCAGGCCCAGCAAUACGCACAGCAACAGGCUGCGCAGGGAGAGGAGGCCGCUGAGGAUGGUGCUCCACCAGCGCAGGAGUACUGA